CGGGCAGAUCGUUUUAGCAACGCUUACCAUUUCAACUACUCGUUCCCGUCACCCCCACGUUACCAUAUCCGCAGCCACCAAACAUGGUGAUCAAUUAUCGUAACACGUGGGAGUCAUCACGCUUCUCCUCCCCAAGAGUCGACGACACCAUGCGGUGAUAGGAUCCUGUCCGUGUUAUAAAUGAGCACUACUAAUUAUACUGCACCAAGGAAGCUAAUUAGGAGAGCCGCAGGACAGUGAAGGGGAAGAAGCAGCCAUGGUUCUCCUUGAGAAGUUGUGGGACGACGUGGUGGCCGGGCCUCAGCCGGACCGGGGCCUUGGCAAGCUGAGGAAGCUCUCCACCAAGCCUUUGGUUAUCAAAGCAGAUGGGGAAGGGGAGAGCAGCAAGUACCAGAGGUCGAUCUCGAUGCCGACAACACCGACGACCCCGGGCACGCCGGCGACGCCGGCCACCCCAACCACACCCUCCUCUGCGCGCAAGGCGAACGUGUGGCGAAGCGUGUUCAACCCGGGGAGCAACCUCGCCACCAAGACCAUCGGUGCCAACUAUUUUGACAAGCCCCAGCCCAACUCCCCUACCGUUUACGACUGGCUGUACAGCGGUGAGACAAGGAGCAACCACCGCUGAAUGGACUUUGGGGCCGAGAAAGAGGCUGGAUUGGCUUCUUGGGAAGAGGGGUGGAUGUACAUAAGUUUCUAGAUAUUGUGUGCUAUCUUUUAUGUUUGCUACUCUAUGUGGUUAUCUAAUGGUGUUUAUUUUGUUGUUCUUAGUAGCUUACUGUAUGGGUUGCCAAUCUGUGGGCACGAAAGGUGGUAAGGAGGGUCUGUGUGUCUGUGUGUGUGUGGGUGUAUGUAUUUGGGUGGUGUUGCAACGGUUCUGCUUCUUAUGUUACCAGGUUAUGAGAAAAGUAAUCAUAAUUUUAUAUUGCUGUUGGCCUCUUUCUCUUUUUGAGAUUGAAAGGUAUUAAUUUUUCAGAUAUUUUUUCGUAUGUAUAAUAUGUAAAGAGAUGAUUGUUUCACAUUCCCGAA